AUGGAGUUCAAUUCAUUUGAAGAGUUGUUCAGCUAUUAUAAGCAUUAUGGUAAAAAAUGUGGGUUUGGGGUGAUGACACAAAGGAGUGAGAGGUCAGAGGAUCAGAGUGUCAGAUAUGUCACCCUUGGUUGUGCACGGGGAGGGAAGGCCCGAAAUAAGAGUUCUAAUCUCGCCAACCCACGUCCGACGGGAAAAACGGACUGUAAGGCAAGGAUUAAUGCCUUAAGAGUUGAGGGAAAGAUGCGGUUGACAACAGUCCAUAAUACACAUAAUCACGGUCUGAGCCCAAUGAAAUCCCGCUUCUUUCGAUGUAACAGAGAAGUGAGUGACUCUGUUAAAAGAGUCCUAGACACAAACGAUUUAGCUGGGAUCCGACUGAAUAAGAGUUACGGCUCUCUUGUCGUUGGCGCAGGUGGCUUUGAGAACUUGCCAUUUUUAGAAAAGGAUUGUCGCAAUUACAUCGACAAAGCACGACAUCUACGACUUGGCGCAGGUGGUGCUGGAGCACUUCAAGAUUAUUUUAUGAGGAUGCAGUACAAGAGUAAUGGAUUUUUUUCAUUGAUGGAUUUAGACGAUGAAGGAAGGUUAAAAAAUGUUUUUUGGGCAGAUCCACGUAGUCGGGCAGCCUACCAGUAUUUUGGUGACUGUAUGGACGGUAUAGCUCCAAAGGCUAUUAUUACUGAUCAAGACAGAGCAAUGAAAAAUGCAAUUGCUACUGUCUUUCCAGAAACUCGACAUAGAUUAUGCCUAUGGCAUAUACUGAAGAAAGUACCUGAGAAGCUUGGGUCAUAUGCUGCAUACAGAAGUGGGCUGAAAAUUCAACUAAUGAAAUGUGUGUACGACACACAAACUAUUGAGGAGUUUGAGAAAUGUUGGGCCGAGUUUCUUAACACAUAUGACUUACAUGAGAAUCCAUGGUUGAAAAGUUUAUAUGUAGAACGUGAGCAUUGGGUACCGGUUUUCCUGAAAGAGCACUUUUGGGCUGGAAUGAGUACAACCCAACGCAGCGAGAGUAUGAAUGCUUUUUUUGAUGGUUAUGUGCAUUCAAAAACAAACUUGAAGGAGUUUGUCGACCAGUUUGACAGUGCGCUGAAGAAGAAAAUUGAGAAUGAAAAUCAUGCAGAAUUCCAAUCACUUAGCCAGGUCAUUCCCUGUGUAUCGAGAUCUCCAAUUGAAAAGAAAUUCCAAGAGUUGUAUACUAACGCUAAAUUUAGAGAAGUGCAGCAGCAAGUAAUAGGUGUGCUUGAUUUGGAUCCAUGUCUACGUACAUCAGAUGGUGUAAUGAAGAGUUAUUUGGUAGAAGACGAAAUUCGUAUUGAGGAGUUCAGUAAAAUGAUGAGGGGGAUACUGUGUAGGCAUAUUUUGGCUGUAUUCAAAUGUAACGGUAUAAAAUCAUUGCCAAAUCGGUACAUUUUAGACCGAUGGAAAAAGGACAUUAAGAGGCGAUACACGUUAAUCCGCAGUAGCUAUGACGCAGGGGAUCAGAGGCCUAAUGGUAAUAGAUAUUCCAUUUUGUUGAAUAUGUGUUAUGGGAUGAUUACAUAUGCGGCGGAUUCUAAAGAGCAAUUCGAUGAUGCAAAGAAGAGGAUACAUGAGAUGACUGAAUGUUAUCGCGAGCAAACACGCAACAGAUCUUUGACCCAAACAGACUCGAAUGCUGGUUACAUGACACUGGACACAACUGCAGUUGCUGGUUCACAACAAGUCAAGAGUCCACUUGUUGUCAAAGGGAAAGGAAGACCCCCAUCUCUGAGAAGAGCAUCCAGGAUGGAGACAGACAUACGAAAGGUGAAAGCCAAACAGAAGAAAGCCCAAGCCAGAGGGAAAGCCAAACAGGGAGAUGUGAGUUCCAAUGUUGGAGAUACACUAGCCAUUGGCACGCGUAGGAAUUUAUUUGGGCAAUCAGAAGUGGAUAUCACCUACCCUGGAGAAGUGCAGACUGUUAUAGACAGCUCAGUAGUUCACAGUAGUGGAAUCGAACACAGAGAAACAGUGAUGGAAAUGCCUUGGAAAAGGAUUGAGUUUGCUAGAUGUGAUCCUAAUUCUAGAUGGGGUUCUAUGCGAGCUGCAAUGGGACAUCCAGAACUUUUGAGUUGA